CUUAGGCAGCGGGGCGAGCGGGCGAGUGGGCGAGCAGGCGAGCGGAGGGCGUCACGGCUCUGGUUCCAUUUCGCGCGGGGAUUGGCUGGCCCGUGGCUUCCUCCCCCCUAGCCAAUCAGCGGGCAGAACUUCCUGGAGGUUUUGCUCCACUCGGCGUUGCUCGGGAGGUCGGUGAGAGCUCGGCGUUGGCUGGUGCCUGCAGGCCCCGCUCCGCACCCCACCAUGAAGCUCCGGAAAGCCUGGCUGCUGGUCCUGCUCUUGGCGCUGACACAGCUGCUGGCUGCAGCGAGCGCCACAGACGCGCACGAAGAUGCUUCAGACACAGAAAAUGCCAUUGAGGAUGAAGAGGAGGAGGAGGAAGAUGAAGAGGAAGAUGACUUGGAAGUUAAGGAAGAAAAUGGUGUUUUGGUCUUAAAUGAUGCAAACUUUGAUAACUUUGUUGCUGACAAAGAUACAGUGCUACUGGAGUUCUAUGCACCAUGGUGUGGACAUUGCAAGCAGUUUGCUCCAGAAUAUGAGAAAAUUGCCAGCACUUUGAAGGAUAAUGACCCUCCCAUUGCUGUUGCUAAGAUUGAUGCAACCUCAGCAUCCAUGCUGGCCAGUAGAUUUGAUGUGAGUGGUUAUCCCACCAUCAAGAUCCUGAAGAAGGGACAGGCUGUUGACUAUGAGGGCUCCAGGACCCAGGAAGAAAUUGUUGCCAAAGUCAGAGAAGUUUCCCAGCCUGACUGGACACCUCCACCUGAAGUCACGCUUCUAUUGACUAAAGAUAACUUUGAUGAUGUUGUGAAUAAUGCAGACAUCAUUCUGGUGGAAUUCUAUGCCCCGUGGUGUGGACACUGCAAGAAACUUGCCCCUGAAUACGAGAAGGCUGCCAAGGAGCUCAGCAAGCACUCUCCUCCAAUUCCUUUAGCCAAAGUUGAUGCCACUGAACAGACAGACCUGGCCAAGAGGUUUGAUGUCUCUGGCUACCCCACUUUGAAAAUUUUCCGAAAAGGAAGGCCUUUUGACUACAAUGGCCCACGAGAGAAAUAUGGAAUUGUCAGCUACAUGAUUGAGCAAUCUGGGCCUCCCUCAAAGGAGAUUCUGACCCUGAAGCAGGUCCAGGAAUUCCUGAAGGAUGGAGAUGAUGUAGUCAUCAUUGGGGUCUUUCAGGGAGACAGUGACCCGGGGUAUCUGCAGUAUCAGGAUGCUGCUAACAAUCUGAGAGAAGAUUACAGAUUUCACCACACUUUCAACACUGAAAUAGCUAAGUUCUUGAAAGUCUCCAUGGGGAAGCUGGUAUUGAUGCAGCCUGAGAAAUUCCAGUCCAAGUAUGAGCCCAGGAGCAAUGUGAUGGAUGUUCAGGGUUCCACAGAGCCAUCAGCCAUUAAGGACUAUGUGGUGAAACAUGCUUUGCCUCUGGUGGGCCACCGAAAAACCUCCAAUGAUGCCAAGCGGUACACCAAGCGCCCUCUGGUGGUUGUAUACUACAGUGUGGACUUCAGCUUUGAUUAUAGAACUGCUACUCAGUUUUGGCGUAACAAAGUCCUGGAGGUGGCCAAGGACUUCCCCGAGUACACCUUUGCCAUUGCUGAUGAGGAGGACUAUGCGACAGAAGUGAAGGACCUGGGUCUCAGUGAGAGUGGCGAGGACGUCAAUGCAGCCAUCCUAGAUGAGAGCGGGAAGAAGUUUGCCAUGGAGCCAGAGGAGUUUGAUGCAGACACUCUCCGGGAGUUUGUCACAGCUUUUAAAAAAGGAAAACUAAAGCCAGUCAUCAAAUCACAGCCAAUACCCAAGAACAACAAGGGACCAGUCAAGGUGGUAGUGGGAAAGACCUUUGAUGCCAUCGUGAUGGAUCCCAAAAAGGAUGUCCUCAUUGAAUUCUAUGCACCCUGGUGUGGGCACUGCAAGCAGCUGGAGCCCAUCUACACUAACCUAGGCAAGAAAUACAAGGGCCAGAAGGACUUGGUCAUAGCCAAGAUGGAUGCUACUGCUAAUGACAUCACCAAUGACCGAUAUAAGGUGGAGGGCUUCCCCACCAUCUAUUUUGCCCCCAGUGGGGACAAAAAGAACCCAGUUAAAUUUGAGGGUGGAGACAGAGAUCUGGAGCAUUUGAGCAAGUUUAUCGAUGAACAUGCCACAAAGAAAAGCAGGACCAAGGAAGAGCUUUAAAGGCCUGGUGGUCUGCAGAAGGUGAAGGGACCAGACACUGUAGUGGACAUCAUUAGGCACCAAGCAACACAAUGACAGUAUCUUGACUUCUUUUUUUAAUGCUUUGUUGUGCCACCUCAUGCUCUGAAUACUGAAUAGCCAUGAAUGACUUGAUAGUUUCAACAAGAAUUUUUUGGAGGAUACAUCUAUUUUUAUCAUUUGGGGUUUGAUUGGUUUGGUUUGGUUUUUAACCUUUUACUUUAGUAUUUCCUCAAAGAAAUAAGUUUGGAUCUUCUGUGUGAGAAUGUUUUUUUGUUUGUUUUGUUUUUUGUUUUAAUUUAAAGUUUAAAAAGUCUUUGCCAAAUCAUG